AUGGCUCAACCUGCUCUUGAACCCUACUACAUCUCUGCUGAGAUUUACCUGUUCGACCUGUUCGAAGGCCCCGUUUCUGAGCAUGUCGGGGAGGUCCCUGACUGUGCAUUUCUUAGCCUUGAUUCAACGAUUAAUCCUCUCGGAUGCCCCUCCACCGAUUCUUCAGAUAUAUUCAAACCUCACUCUGCUCGCCUUCCAACCUCGUCACCAGAUCCUGAUCCGGAUACCGGAGGCAUCGAGGGAGACUCCCUGAUCCUUGCAUGGAAGACAUCGAGGCAGACUGCUCGUGGUCUCAUUCGACAGCGCCUUGCACUCCCAACCUUGAUGGACGGCAGCUACCUGAUUCUCCGGACCUACUGUGGACAGUAG